AUGGAAUAUGUACCAAUGGUGUUGCCCAGGGACUGGCCACAGCAACUGAACCCCGUGCCAAGCCAGCCGCAAGCCCAAUUCCCCAGCAGCCUUGGUUACACACCGACCAUGUCAGCGCCAAGCGACACGUUGCAAAAGUCCACAGAUACUAUAGGAUCGCCCGCAGCCAGCAGCCCAAGCGACAUCAAAGACGAAGACACUGUAACACUUUCGCCAUCAUCCUACUUCUGGAACGAGAUGACCCUACCAAGCUGUUCAGACGCCUCUGGUACCUGUCAAUGCGGAGAUGGCUGCGCAUGCGUCGGUUGUCUUACACACGGCGGUCAUACCGGUGAACCUCUGGAGGACCCAACACCGACGACGACGGCAGAGAAUGGCUCUUUUCUCGGUUUUGACCCGAGUCUGGCCCUCAACAUGAAUGACCCGGCGGACUUUCUCAGCUUCAAUCCGGACCCGAGUUGA